AUGCUGGCGGGGGCAGUUUUCAUGUUGAUGAGCGUCACCGCCUGGUCCCGGGAAUCUGCUGCCAUUCCUCUGUCUGGAGAAGAGAUUAUCACCCAGAUCCACAGCCUUGCUACUUUAUACAAGAUCAACUCCACCCUGGUGCUCAGCACAUAUCUGCAGCACCAAGGCUCCCCGUUUAGUGACAUUAACUUCAGCUUCCCUUCUUGGUUUGAAAACGGUCUUCCCACUGCUGCUAUGGGCUUCAAGGCCUGGAGAUGUCUUUGUCCUGGUGACCGUCUUCUGCAGGCCAGACAAGCCUUCUCCGCUAUAUCUGAGUUCUUCCAACUGGUCCGGGAUGAUCAGAUGUCCCUGAACCCAAUGGCUACCGAGCUGCACCGGCUCCUGGAGAUCGCCCAGAGAUCCUCAGAGGCUUUACUCAGUAACCUCAAUGAGGCCAUGCUCAUCCUGGGCUACCAGCCUCAAUCCACCCAGCCCGAACCUCUGAGCUGGGCUUCUACAGACGACAGCAUCUUCAAGAGGAAGGUACGAGGCUAUGUGCUGUGCAGAGAGUACAGGGACUGGCUAAUGAGGGUGCCCAAGGACAUGGAAAUACUGAGGGCUGCAAGGAACAGGAGGGAGACUGCUGGGCCGGACAGGAAGGAUUGCUGCCGCUCCUAGAAGAUGGAAAAGUAAGAGGAAGCACAGUAAAAUAUCAGAGGAGAAGCCAGAGGUUUGCUCUGCUGGAGGACUAAGGGCUUUAGAAAACUAUAUGGGUCCAUCGAGGUGAAAGCAGCAGUUACCUUGACUAUGACCUAUGGAGCUGCAGGUCCAACCAUGAAGUUCUUUACAUCACCAGCCAGCAGGGACCUUGCUGACUCUAGGACUCUGUGCUGCAGUUCACCAUAUCAACCACCAGGGGGCUGCAGAUCCUAUCUCAAAGCAGACUAGGCCUCCAUAAGGACACUGAGGGGAAAGUUGUGAUUCUAUGAUGUCAUCUGUAACAGUGAUGUCACUGCUGUGAAGGAAUUCUGUGAGUCAACAGGAGUGAGUCACCUGCAAUCCCCCCCAGCAGUCACUUCCUGGCAUUCAUAGAUCCUGAUGUCAUCAUUAGACCAAUGGACAGUUCUGAUGAGGAAUUCAUCUCAUUUUUAGAAUUCCUUUCUAAUUGCACUGAGGUCUCAUACAGUUCUGCAGCUAUGAAUAGUCCCUGCGUAUGAUUGAUAUAAAAAUCCUUGCAGGGUUCUAAGUCAGGGAUGUGCAGGUGCAAAGUUCUAGGUCAGGGGUGUUCAGCUGGCAUUGUUCCUGGUCAGGGGGUGCGUUUGGCUUGGCUGUAGCUAAGUCUUGCUGGCAUGGUUCUAGGUCAGGCAGGUGUAGGGCUCUAGGUCAGGGGUGUGCAGGUGCAGGACACGCUUGCACUACUCCAGUCUAGAGCUCAGUGUAAGACCUGUACAUGUGCUCCUUUUACACACAGCACUUUAAGUGGUCGGGCACUGAACUAUUCCCAUUGGGGCACUGUAUCAAUCUUUACUUAUAUCAUUAAGGAUUCUAGUAUUACAGAAAUAAUCAGAGACACAAAGGUCUGAGGGGCCCUUAGCCGGCCGUACACACAAGACCGUGCUCAGCCGCAUUGCAGCCAGUCAGUCAUCCGUGGGAUUGUUCAGUGCCAGACUACGCUGGCCGACCAGGUCCUCACUCCCUGGUUCUUGAGCACAAUGGUGGAUAAUUGACCAGUCUGCCCAUACACAUUUUCCAACUGAACCAAUGACAUUUUCAGCAGACAAAAGUCUGCCGUUGACCAUUUCAAACUAUAGUUUGUGGUAAUUUUUCAAACAAUGGCCAAAACCUAAAAUUUUAGCCUGCUUUUAUUUCAUAAAUAUGGCUGGCUUUAUUAUAUAAAAGCACUUAUGGUGAAAAAUAAGUCAGUGCCAUGAAAAAGUCAGAAUGCUGAGGUAAUAAACACAUGGUAGGCUGGGAGAUGAUAAGUAAGAGUUCAGAGAUAAUAAGUAAGAACUCAGAGAUAACAAGCAAGAGCCCUGAGAUAAUAAAAGCUCUGAAAUAAAAAGUUAGGGUUAUGAGGUAAUAAGACUUCCGAAAUAAUAAGCGAGGGUGAGAUAAUAAGUAAAAGCUCUGACAAUAAGUAAGACCUCUAAAAUAAUAAGUGAGGGUCAGAUAAUAAGUAAGAGCACUGAGACAAUAAGUGAAGGCUGUAGGAUAAUAAGUAAGAGCACUGAAAUAAUAAGUGAAGGCUGUAGGAUAAUAAGUAAGAGCACUGAAAUAAUAAGCAAGGACAGUAAGAUAAUAAGUAAGAGCUCGGAGAUAAUAAGCAAGGAUAAUAAGUAAGAGCUCUGAGAUGAUAAGCGUGGGUAAGAUAAUAAGUAAGAGCUCUCAGAUAAUAAGUGAAGGCUGUAGGAUAAUAAGUAAGAGCUCUGAUAUAAUAAGCAAGGACAGUAAGAUAAUAAGUAAGAGCUCGGAGAUAGUAAGCAAGGAUAAUAAGUAAGAGCUCUGAGAUGAUAAGCGUGGGUAAGAUAAGAAGUAAGAGCUCUCAGAUAAUAAGUGAAGGCUGUAGGAUAAUAAGUAAGAGCUCUGAUAUAAUAAGCAAGGACAGUAAGAUAAUAAGUAAGAGCUCGGAGAUAAUAAGCAAGGAUAAUAAGUAAGAGCUCUGAGAUGAUAAGCGUGGGUAAGAUAAUAAGUAAGAGCUCUGAUAUAAUAAGCAAGGACAGUAGGAUAACAAGUAAGAGCACUGAGAUAAUAAGCCAGGACAAUAAGAUAAGAAAAAAAGCUCUGAGAUGAUAAGCAAGGGUGAGAUAAUAAGUGAAGGCAGUAGGAUAAUAAGUAAGAACUCUGAAAUAAUAAGCAAGGACAGUAAGGGUGGAUUUAGAUGGGCCAACUGAGCGGCCGAUUGUUGGGAAGGAAGCAUUUCUUUCCAACAGUCGACUGCUUGUUCAGUUAAGGAGACCGCUGUAUUUGCGAUACAUGCAGCGAUCUCCUUUACUGUCGGAGGACCAGGGAAUCGCUAUAUCCCCCGUCUUCAUACGGAAUCAUGGCUUCUGAGCAGCAGAUAACUGUUUAGACCACACAAUCUGCUGCUCAGAAGCCGUGAUCGGUAGUUUUGCUUGUUCAUCGGGUGAUCGGCGGCUCAUUUAGACGGUCAUUCCCGAUCAUCUGGACGAUUAUUGUUGCAUCUAAAUCCACCUUAACAAAAUAAGUAAUAAUAAUCUAGGGCUGUGAGAUAAUAAGGAAGAGCACUGAGAUAAUAAAGAACAGUAAGAAAAUAAGGGCUCUGAGAUAUUAUCUCAGGUUCUAAUUAUUUUUAUGACAUGUUUUAUGUAUCGUGUGUUACUGUGGUCGGCGCUGCGCCUCUUGCACAUUAUUUAUUGCACUGUUAUGUGACUUUUUUUACUUUUGACUUUGUACUAUUUAUACUGGAAGAUGUUUAUAUUUGCAGGUUCAUGUGACGCCGGCGAUGUGCAGAC